AUGGAUGUAACAAACCAAACAACAGUGACAGAGUUCAUUUUCCUUGGUUUUUUGGGUGCUCCUUCUCUGCAGCUCACAUUAUUUGUGAUAUUUCUCACCAUAUAUCUGCUUUCCUUCACUGCAAAUGCCCUCAUCAUAUUCAUUGUUUUGAUGGAUUCUAGUCUCCAGACACCCAUGUACAUUUUCUUAGUAAAUUUAUCUUUCCUAGAAAUCUGGUACUCUACAGCCACAGUGCCUAAGUUGCUGGCCACUUGCCUCUCACAGGUUGUCACCAUCUCUGUGUUUGGUUGUAUUGUCCAGUAUUACUUCUUUUUCUCCAUGGGAGCUACAGAGUGUAUCUUGCUGGCAGUGAUGGCUUAUGACCGAUACGUGGCUAUAUGCAACCCGCUACGCUACUCAGUACUCAUGAGUCUCCAGAUCUGCUUGCGGUUUUCAGCUGGUUCCUGGAUUGGGGGCUUUAUUGCCCCUCUCCUACCUACCAUAUUCAUCUCUCAUCUAAAUUUUUGUGGCCCUCAGAACAUCAACCAUUUCUUUUGUGACUCUGACCCCAUUUUUAAACUCUCCUGCUCAGAUACAUUCUUGGUGGAGGCCUUGGGCUACACGUGUAGCUCUGUGGUCAUUCUAACUUCUUUCCUCCUCACUAUGUCCUCCUAUGGCAACAUAGUGGUCACAAUAAUCAGGCUAUCUUCUCAGGAGGCUCAGAAGAAAACUUUCUUCACCUGUGCUUCUCAUCUCACUGUAGUCACCAUUUAUUAUGGCACCGUUAUUUUUGCUUAUGUUCGCCCUCCAGCCAAGUACAACUUUACAAUUGGUAAAGUGGUCUCAGUGUUCUACUGUGUGAUUACUCCAUUGGUAAAUCCUCUUAUAUACACCCUAAGAAACAAAGAUGUAAAGAAAGCUUUCAAGAAAGUUGUAGCAGAAAAGAGAUUUCUUUUGGCCAGAAGCAUGAAGGAGUUUUGA